GGCGGGCGGCGGAGGGGCGGGGGAUCGCAGCACGCCCAAGGACAAAUGGAGCAACUUCGACCCCACGGGCCUGGAGCGGGCGGCCAAGGCGGCGAGGGAGCUGGACGCGUCCCGCCAUGCAAAGGAUGCACUCAGCCUGGCCCAGAUGCAAGAGCAGACCCUGCAGCUGGAGCAACAAGCCAAGCUGAAGGAGUAUGAAGCUGCCAUAGAACAACUGAAGAAUGAGCAGAUACGGGUACAAGCAGAAGAGAGACGAAAAACACUCAGUGAGGAAACAAAACAGCAUCAAGCAAGAGCCCAAUACCAGGACAAAUUGGCACGGCAGCGCUACGACGAACAGAUGAGACAGCAGCAACUUGCUAAUGAAGAGAAUCUGAGGAAGCAGGAAGAAUCUGUACAGAAGCAGGAAGCCAUGAGGCGUGCCACAGUAGAGCGCGAGAUGGAGCUGCGGCAUAAGAACGAAAUGCUGCGUGUUGAAGCAGAGGCAAGAGCUCGUGCCAAGGCUGAGAGGGAGAAUGCAGACAUCAUCCGGGAGCAGAUCCGCUUAAAAGCUGCAGAGCAUCGCCAGACAGUGCUGGAGUCCCUCAAGACAGCAGGGAUGCUCUUUGGGGAAGGAUUCCGUGCCUUUGUGACAGACUGGGAUAAGGUCACAGCCACGGUGGCAGGCCUAACCUUGCUGGCCGUGGGAGUUUACUCUGCCAAGAAUGCCACUGCAGUAGCAGGACGAUACAUAGAAGCACGUUUGGGUAAACCUUCUCUGGUGAGAGAAACCUCACGCAUUACCGUGCUGGAGGCACUGAAGCACCCUAUCAAGGUUGGUAAGCGUCUCACCAGUAAGGCUCAGGAUGCCCUUGAAGGAGUUGUUCUCAGUCCCCAGUUAGAAGCACGUGUGAGAGAUAUUGCCAUAGCAACAAGAAAUACAAAAAAGAACAAAAGCCUAUACCGGAAUAUUCUGAUGUAUGGCCCUCCUGGCACUGGAAAGACACUUUUUGCCAAGAAAUUAGCUGUGCACUCAGGCAUGGAUUACGCCAUCAUGACGGGUGGUGAUGUUGCCCCUAUGGGGCGGGAAGGAGUGACUGCCAUACAUAAGCUCUUUGAUUGGGCAAACACCAGUAGGAGAGGCCUCUUGCUAUUUGUGGAUGAAGCAGAUGCAUUUCUGAGGAAGAGAGCCACGGAGAAAAUCAGUGAAGAUCUCAGAGCAACGUUGAAUGCAUUCCUGCACAGAACAGGGCAGCACAGCAACAAGUUUAUGCUUGUUUUAGCAAGCAACCAGCCCGAGCAGUUUGACUGGGCUAUCAAUGACCGAAUAGAUGAAAUGGUGAACUUUGAUCUGCCCCAGCUAGAAGAGCGAGAGCGGCUCGUGAGGAUGUAUUUUGACAGGCAUGUCCUCAAGCCAGCCACAGAGGGUAAACAACGUUUGAAGCUGGCCCAGUUUGACUAUGGCAAAAAGUGCUCAGAGAUUGCCAGGCUGACAGAGGGCAUGUCUGGCCGAGAGAUCUCCCAGCUUGCUGUGGCAUGGCAGGCUGCUGCUUAUGCGUCAGAGGACGGCGUUCUGACCGAGGCCAUGAUCGAUGCUCGGGUCGCUGAUGCUGUGCAGCAGCACAGGCAGAAGAUGGAGUGGCUGAAAGCAGAGGGCACAGAAGCGAGCAAAGAAGGCAUCAGAACCCCACUGUUGCCUUUCCCCAAAGGAACACCGGUGUGAGAAGCACCUGCAGACCAGUGUGGGUGGGGAUUUGGGCAGAGGAGAAGAGUGGGGAGUGUCUUUUUGGGCGGAUUUUCGGUGGAAUCAUGUGAGAAAUGUGCCCCUUGGUGCAAGGGAAGGGGGAGGGAGUGCUGCCUCAGUCUGCCUUUCAUUUCGUGUUUUAAGGAUGCGAUGGAAAUAGGAAAAAUGGUUGAAAUAAGGCAGAAAUAACGGUAUUAAAGGACCCCCUUGCUCAAACA